AUUCUCUCUUGGGUCAGUGGAGGAGAAAAUAAUUGGUGUCUGUGGGUCACGGCAGCUCCCAAGAGCUUUAACAGCUCAUCAUGGGCAACGAGAAGCUGUUGCUCCUACUUUUGCUAGCCAGUGCCUUUGCUCAGGAAGAUGGGUCAGACUCUCAGGAUUCAACCUGUUCAAAAGCUGCUUUAAAAUUCAAGCCUUUAAGGAAAUAUGUCUACAACUAUGAAGCUGCAACUACAAGUGGAGUGUCUGGUACAGCGGACUCCCAAAGUGGAUCCAAAUUCAGCUGCAAGAUUGAAUUGGAGGUUCCUCAGCCAUGCAACUUUAUCCUACGGGUCAAGCAAUGCACCCUGCGAGAGGUGUAUGGGGUCAGUUCCGAGGGCAAAGCUCUUCUAAAGAAGUCCAAGAACUCCGAUGACUUCUCCAACGCUAUGACCAAGUAUGAGGUUAAGGUCGCUGUACAAGACGGGAAGAAUGUUGUUCUGUACCCAGACCAAGAUGAAACUCUCACUGUAUUAAACAUGAAGAGGGGGAUCCUUUCUGCUCUGCUUGGUCCUGAUGAAACCCAGGAAACAGAUUAUGUGGAUACUGUGUAUGGAAAAUGUACCAGUGAGAUUAAAGUCACAAGCCGAAAGGGUAACACACCAACAGAUGUUACGGUGGAGAGGAAUCUGAAGACCUGUGACAAGUUUACACCAAUCAGAGAUUAUGUCAGCCCCCUCGCAAUCCUUAAAGGCCUGAAUACCCCAUUGUCUACACUGAUCAGCAGCAGUCAGGUCUGUCAGUACAGCAUGGAUUCCAAGAGGAGGCACAUCACAGAGGCAUCAUGUGUUGAAACUCACAUUUUCCUUCCCUUCUCACACAAGAAUCAGUAUGGCAUGAAUAGCAAAGUCACUCAGACACUGAAGCUGGAAGAAGUGACUAAGACCAACAGCAGAGAUUUUGAUCCAGAUCCCAGCGUGGCACGAGGCCUUGCUAUGGAUGCUACAAAAACACCAUCCAAAAAUGAAGAGGCUGCAUUGGAACAUCUACAGGAGUUACAGAAACUGUCUACGACAGAGCAGAACCAGCAGAGAGCCAACCGCUUCUACAAACUUGUGACAGCCUUAAGGGGUCUAAAUAACGACUCACUAGGACCUCUUGUUCCAAGGCUAAUGCAGCUGUCAAGCCCUAUUGCUCUUCAAGCGUUGACUCAGUGUGGGACCCCUGAAUGCUUUGGCGGUAUCCUUCAGGUGCUCAGAAGUGGAGACAUAUCCCCAGUCAUAAGCGACACAGUUACUUACGGCUUGGGCCUGUUACCUUCUCCAUGCACAAAACGUGUACGGGAACUUCUCAACAUGGCCCAGUAUCAGUCAAGCAGAGCUUCAUUUUAUGCAUUAAGUCACGCCGUCAGCAAGUAAGGCCUUUCAUUAGUACUUUAUAAUUCAGUUUUGCCUAUCUAUAUAUCUAUCUCUCUAUUUAUCUGUCUGUCUAUCUAAUAUAUUUUUGUGUAUGUAUACCCCCAACUAUUGAGAAUGAACCACUAGUAGUCCCACAAAAAUGAAUAUAAAUUUGUAUUUAUAGUAAGUAAUGAGGAUUAGACCCUGUAUGUAGUGAAAAAUAAAAUUUAUGAUCG